UCUCCACUUAUCCAAAUAUACUCAUAUAAUUUCUUCUAUCUUAAUCUUGUUACCCGUUGGCUUUUUUCUUAAGGUAUCCAAGGAAGACAAUGGAAGUGAAGAUAGAGGUGGCGGCGAGAGAAGUGAUCAAGCCUGCUUCACCAUCACCUCGUGCUCGCCUUCAACUCUCCGUCCUUGAUCUAAGUUGUCCCCCACACUACGUGUCGACCGUCUUCUUCUACGAACCUGACGAUCUCUUAACCGUAUCCCCGGAGAUUUUCUCGGAAAAGCUGAAAAGAUCUCUGUCCGAGACUCUUUCACGCUUCUAUCCAUUGGCUGGACGAAUAGAAGGCGUUUCCAUCAGAUGUAACGACGAAGGAGCCGUGUUCACUGAGGCGCGAACCGAUCUCCUACUCCCUCACUUCCUGAGAAACCUAAACACUGACUCUCUUGAGGGGUUCCUCCCGAUGUUAGCCCCCGGAGAUUCUCCAGGGGAGUGGCCUUUGUUGAGUGUCAUGGUCACUUUCUUCGGGUCUGGAUCAGGAGUUGCGGUUUCUGUCUCUGUCUCUCACAAAAUCUGUGAUGCAAACUCUUUCCUGACCUUUGUAAAUGAUUGGGCUACCACCACGGCCAAAGGGAAGUCAAAUGAUGUGGCCGUAACUAGUAUUGAGUUCGCUGAAACGGCCAUUUUUCCUCCUCCUUCUCCUCAAAUGUGUAUGGAAUCCCCAUCAACGGAUUAUACUUAUACCAUAACAAGUAAAUGUGUAGUCAAGAGAUUCGUCCUCGAACCCUCUAAGAUUGCUGAGCUCAGACACAAGGCUGCUAGCGAAAGCGUCCCUAGACCUACACGCGUUGAAGCUAUCAUGUCACUUCUUUGGAAAUGUGCCAUAAAAUCCUCACGCUCUAACUUGGUAACUCCAAGGCAAGCCAUGAUGGGUAUGGCCAUGGACUUGCGGCUUAGGAUUCCAUCUACUGUGUUGCCUCAAGACGCCAUCGGCAACCUACAAACAGGUUUUGGUCUCAAGAAUGGCGCAGAGAUGGAGUUGGAGAUCCCCGAAAUUGUGGCCUUAUUCAGGAAAGCCAAAGAAGGAGUCAACGAGAUGAUCAAAGAAAACCUCCAAGGCAAUACACUUGGUCAGAGUUUACUGAGUUUGAUGGAGAAAGCUUACUUAGAAGCAAUAGACUCAGACAGAUACAUAAUGUCUAGCUGGUGCAGAAAGCCUUUCUACAAGGUUGACUUUGGAUUAGGUUGUCCGGUGUGGAUGGGAUACGUAUCAAGGACCAUUUACAACACCAUGAUGUAUGUCCUGUUGAUUGAUUCAAAAGAAGGUGAUGGUGUAGAAGCAUGGAUAAGUUUACCUGAGCAAGACAUGUCUGUGUUCGUCGAUGACCAAGAGUUGCUUGCUUAUGCCAUCCUAAAUCCCCCGGUUCUGACCUAAACAGGACUACUACCAAUCUUACCAAGAUUGCUCUACGCUGAAUUUACUAAGUCUUGUCUUUUGUGUGUUCGUUGUGAUCUAAAUAAAGUGAACAAUCAUUUGAUUCUUAGUUGAUGUGUUCAUGCAUGAUCUUGAUCAUCUUGUUUGUAGUCUAUAAUAAAUGGUUUAUCCAUCGUAUGA